AUGUCAAGCAAAACCAAUAUCAGCCAAAGUAACGACAAAGAAGAUGCUGAUUUUUAUACACAGGCUGAGAGAUUUCAUCGUAUGAUGGAAAUGCAGAGAAGACAUGUUUACAAGUUGAAAUACAAAAAUAAUGCACCAUUGAUACAAAUGGAAGUUAAUGCUCAUGAACAAACAUGCCAAGAAUAUUCGUUGGAUAUAUUAACAUAUCUAAUGAAACAAGACACAAUGUUUGCUGCUACUACUUCUUUUUCUACUCCUUCCCUGGAUAAUAAUGGUAAUAAUAUUGGUGUCACCAUCAAGAAGAAGAAGAAAAUAGAAUUGUCACAUGAAUUCAUUCAAUUGAGGAAGUUGGUUUUGGACUUUGUCAUGUGUUGCCACACAAGAUUAAUAUUAUCGACACCUACUUUGAUUUUAGCUUUUAAUAUCAUAGAUAGGUUCACUGCAUUUAACAACAACACCAAAACACUUGGUAGUACUAAUAAUGGAAAAAAAUUAGAUAAACGGAGAUUCCAAUUGAUUGGUAUAAUUGCAUUAUGGAUUGCUAGCAAGUAUUUAGAUAAAAAAUAUAGGUCCCUAAAUAUGAAAACUAUGCAUCAUUUAACAGGUAAGGUUUUCAGUAACAAAAUGUUUAUAGACAUGGAAAUUGAAAUAUUAAAGUGUUUGAAAUGGAAUAUAAGCAACAUUCCAACACACGAUUAUUUUAUUGAUAUUUUGCUAAGAACCAAUAUGGACAAUGGUACUAGCAACGAUGCCGAUACGGGAUCUUCUUCUGGAGUUAAUUUUCAAUUUUUAAAUAAUUGUAAGUAUGGUUCACAAAUGUUGUGCGAAUUAGCAUGUUUUCAUCCCGAAUUGAUUUUUAAUUAUUCUAUUUCAUCUAUUGCAUAUUCUGCUGUUGCAUUAACCAGUAUUUCCCUUAAUUACUACACAUAUAAUAGUUUUAAUAUUCCAAAUAUUGAAUACUAUAAAAUAGAUGAUAUUGCAUUAAAACUAAUUGAUAUUUUUCUUACCAGCGAUGAAGCUGAUCAAGAUGAUGGGGAAGGUGGGUUGCCCUAUAGUUUUAAAUUAAAGUAUUUCCCUGAAGAUAAAUCCCAAACUCCUAUUUUCUUGUUGGCUUUGUUUUCAUAUAUACAAUCGUAUAAGAGUUGCUAUAAUGUUAAGGCUGCUGCUGUUGCUGCCACUAAUACACCAAGUACCACUAGUACUAACACUCCUUCGCAUAAUACAGAUAGUAGUGAUAGCAAUAUCACUACUGACGCAGUUUCUGGUUCUACCAUAAUUAAAAACACUAAGAGUGUUAUUACCCACGCACCCCCUACUCCUUGUACUCCAAUUGAUAUUUUAGAAAACAAUGGUAAGAAAGGCAUGGAUAAUAGACGUAAGGACCAACUUGGAAUUAGAAAGAGAAGUAGAUACCAAUAUGAGGACAAUGCUGGUAAUGACGCUGAUAAAGAAGAACAUAGUAAUGAUAUUAAUAAUGAGACUACUAUUAAAGCUGUUUAUAAUAGUAACAAGGUUAGAAGACAGCUAUUUAAUGUUUUGCAUAAUGGUUUACAUAAUAAGGAAGAUAUUAGUAGCAAUGAUACUAGUGUUUGA